AUGUUACUGCCAACUCUCAAGAGGUGCAGGUCUGACCAAGAUGCAUUCGACCGCCGCGUUAAACGUAGAAAUGGCCCCGCCACUGAAGUUAAGAAGGUCGAACACGCCGCCGACACUAAUGCCUGGUUGAGGUUGUGCGACGACCCAUGGGGUCUGAAUCCUCGCGACGUUAAGAAGGUCGAACACGCCGCCGACACUAAUGGGUGGCGGUUGAGCGACGACCCAUGGGGUCUGAAUCCUCGUGACGUUGAGAAGGUGGAAGAUGCCGCCGACACUGAUGCCUGGUCGGGGUUGAGCGACGACCCAUGGGGCCUGAACGCUUGUGUCAUUAAGAAGAGGGAGAAGGUCUCCACUAGGCUUGUUGUGCAAGGUCCCCCGACAAAAGAUAGCUUUUGGAGGGCGGGGGAAAUACCUCUUGUCGGUGGGAAAAUGAAGAAGAAGAGAACCUUUGUAACGAAGGAUGGUGGCAACACUCGCGUCAAUAUCACCAAUAAUAUGCAGGAACUGGGCAGGCUUCGAGAUCUGCAACGCGACAGGAAAAAGUAUGAUACACCUCAGGGUGUCAUCAUACUCUAUUACGACGACGACGACGUCCACUCCGAUGUCCACUCCGAUGACGACGAUCCAUACUCAGAUGAAGAGUUUUUCACCUGUCCUUAUUAG